CGCCGCCGCCGAAGGUUUCCGAGCGGGGGUCGCGCUGCUCCGGCGCCGUUUCCGGAGAUUGCCGAGGGGCUCCGGCCCCUCCCCAGCCGCUGCCGAGCCCGUGACCGAGGCGCUCCGGUGGGUCGGAGCCCGGCGCGCCCGCUGCUGCUCCGGUCGCGGCGCGGGGCUCGCCGCCCUCCUCCUGCUCCUCCCGCUGUUCCCACUGCUCCCGCUCCUCCGGCAGCGCCGGGCGCCGCGGUGACAGAGCGGGGCGAUCGGGGCGGGGGGCGGCCGGGGCUCCGGCGGCGCGGAUGGCGGAGGGCGGCCAGCCCCCGCAGCAGCAGCAGCCACAGCCGCAGCUCCUGGCCGGCGGCGGCGCGGGGUCCGCCCGCGGCGUGAAGCGGGAGCCGGAGCUGGAGCAGCCCAUGCCCGGCGGGGACGGCGCGGAGGGCGGCCACAGCAAGCGGCUGCGGACGGAGGCGGAGGCCGACGGCGGCGGCAUGCAGAACGAGCCUCUGACUUCAGGUUAUCAUGGCUAUCCAGCAAGAGACAAUCAAGGUAACCAGGAGCCAUCAGCAACUCCUGAUGCAAUGGUGCAGCCAUUCACCACAAUCCCAUUUCCGCCACCCCCACAGAAUGGGCUUCCCACAGAGUAUGGGGUGCCACACACUCAGGACUAUGCAGGCCAGACCAGCGAGCACAAUCUGACGCUCUACGGAAGCACGCAGCCGCAUGGAGAGCAGAGCACGAACACGGCCAGCACGCAGAACGGAUCUCUUGCAACAGAAGGAGGGGCACAGACAGAUGGACAGCAAUCACAGACACAGAGCAGUGAGAAUACUGAGAGCAAAUCCACUCCAAAACGACUUCAUGUGUCUAACAUUCCCUUUCGCUUUCGAGAUCCUGACCUUCGGCAGAUGUUUGGGCAAUUUGGCAAAAUCCUUGAUGUAGAGAUAAUCUUUAAUGAGCGUGGCUCGAAGGGAUUCGGGUUCGUAACUUUCGAGAAUAGUGCUGAUGCAGACAGGGCCAGGGAGAAAUUACACGGCACCGUGGUAGAGGGCCGUAAAAUCGAGGUUAACAAUGCCACUGCGAGAGUGAUGACCAAUAAGAAGAUGGUCACACCGUAUGCAAAUGGUUGGAAGUUGAGUCCUGUGGUUGGAGCGGUGUACGGCCCUGAGUUAUAUGCAGCGUCCAGCUUUCAAGCAGAUGUCUCGCUGGGCAAUGACGCCGCAGUGCCCCUGUCAGGAAGGGGGGGUAUUAACACUUACAUUCCUUUAAUCAUUCCAGGCUUCCCCUAUCCAACUGCAGCCACCACAGCCGCUGCAUUUCGGGGCGCCCAUCUGAGGGGCCGAGGAAGGACAGUGUACGGGGCAGUGCGGGCAGUACCUCCCACGGCCAUCCCUGCCUACCCAGGUGUGGUUUACCAGGACGGAUUUUACGGUGCUGACCUCUAUGGUGGAUAUGCAGCCUACAGAUAUGCACAGCCUGCUACUGCAACAGCAGCCACGGCCGCUGCAGCCGCUGCAGCAGCUUACAGCGAUGGUUAUGGCAGGGUGUACACAGCAGAUCCUUACCAUGCCCUUGCCCCUGCCGCUAGCUACGGAGUUGGCGCUGUGGCGAGUUUAUACCGAGGUGGCUACAGCCGAUUUGCCCCCUACUGAAGUGACGUGAGCCCCCUGCAAGUGGGACAGCCCCCCCAGUUCAUGAGGCCUGGCUAUUGCAAUAUUUACUAGUAGAGGAACUCUAUAGCAAGUCUUCGAGGAAAAACAAAACAAAACAAAAAAAAACAAAAAAAACAAAAAAACAAAAAAAAACAAAAAAAAAACCCACAAAAAAAAAAAAGAGAA